CGGGAGUGUAUGACGUCGGUGGAUGCAGCUAGGUUAAGUCUUUGUAACCUUGUAUACCGUCUCUUACUAAUUCUUGGACGGCGGGGAGCUUGUAUGCCCCACUCCGGUCUAGCCCGUUGCAGCCGUUGUGGCCGUAUCGCAUAUCGGGUUUGCGAUACUAUGUACUUCGACCCAGGUGUUAUAGGGUUUCUUGGCCAUGCGAACCACCGGACCGGGACGAGUCCAUGCUAUCUGUUUCGAUUAUUUGUUUCUAUUACAUCUUGCGUUGAUCGUCGAGGCUCGUGUUGCAUACCCCGUCAUUGGACUUGUCUUUAGAACUAUCUAUCAUAAUCCACUUAUACAUACCUAUGUACAUUAACACUAUCAAAAUACCUGUCAAGGAAGAUAGA